AAUCCAGCGGAACCCAUCACCGGAGACACGGCGCUUCUAUUGAGCUGUGGUCGGACCCCACGGCAACGUUGUAAAGGUAUGGUCCUGUAGCUCGGCCUUGUGUUUGGCGCGCCCAUCAGUGGGCCACAGGGGAACAAGUGAGCCUCAAACCUGUAAUACCAUAGGAAAUGUGUAUUCUUUGGGAUUUAUGAACAGCCAGCCAGAUUAAACGUGUCCUGUUGAAGUAUCAAAAUAACGUGUUGUAAGAAGGGGGCACUUUUUCUUUGGAGCUUCGUAUCUACGGGGAGAUGUCUCGUAAGCAUGGCCACAAGGAUCAAAUUGGCUUUGUUUUUGACGUCCAAUCCAAUACUGUGAUGGCCCAAGGGGGAUCCUACGAGAAUAUGAAGGAAAAGAUCAAUGCGGUGCGAGCCGUUGUUCCCAACAAAAGCAACAAUGAGAUCAUCCUUGUGCUCCAGCAUUUUGAUAAUUGUGUGGACAGGACCGUGCAGGCCUUUAUGGAAGGUAAUGCUGUGGAGGUGCUGAAAGAGUGGACUGUACUUGGUAAGAAAAAGAAUAAGAAGAAGAAGAGUAAACCUAAGACAGAGGCACUUGCGACCAGUGCCACAGCAGAUGCUGGUAAAAUGGCACCCACUGAUGGAGAACAGAAUACCUCAGUCCCCGAAAAGGAUGAGGUAAACGGUUACCACCUCAAUGGCUCUACCAUUGAUACAGAAUCUGUAGACUCUCUCAGUGAGGGCUUAGACACACUUUCCUUAGAUGCCAGAGAAAUGGAAGACUCUGAGCCCACCACUCCUGAUGUGCCUGAGGUCCCAGCUGCUACAUACCAGAAUGGCCGCUCAGAGUUGGAUUUAAAACUCACAGCUUCUCACCUCCCUCACAGUUCCUCCAGCAAGAAAGGUCCGUCUGAUCAUAGGCACAACAACAAAACACGCUCUGGAAGCUUAUCAAGCUCCCAGUCUCUAGCUUCAUCAGCAGCAGACGAUGUCCCUUCAUCCUCAGGAUCUAAAAAGCUUGGCUCCAAUAUAGAGAGGUCGGUGAAGGACCUUCAGCGGUGUUCCGUUUCUCUUGCCCGUUAUCGCAUAGUGGUGAAGGAAGAAAUGGAUGCCUCUAUUAAGAAGAUGAAGCAAACCUUCUCUGAGCUGCAGAGCUGCAUGAUGGAUCGGGAGGUAGCACUGCUUGCAGAAAUGGACAAGGUUAAAGCAGAAGCAAUGGAAAUCUUGGACAGCCGACAGAAAAAGGCAGAGGAGCUUAAGAAGCUGACCGAUGUGGCUGUGCGCAUGUCUGAAGAGAAGCUAUCAGAACUCCGAGCAGAUAUCAAGCAUUUUGUUAGUGAAAGGAAAUAUGAUGAGGAACUGGGUCGAGCCGCUCGCUUCACUGCAGAUCUAGAUACCCUGAAAAAGAGUGUAGAGUCUUUUGGUCAAGUUUCCCACCCAAAGAACAAUUAUUCUGUUCGCUCUCGUGGCUGUUCUCUCACAAUUCCUAGUGACAUCUCUGCUCCAUCCACUCCUGAGCUUUCAUCAACCUCCAACAUAUCCUCAGCCAAUAGGAAGCCUACGUCUGCAGUAGAAGCUAACACAGCAACCAACCAUUAUGGCACCCGUCCAGUCCAGCCACCUAGACAAGGUUUUCCAACGAAUAAGAGACAAGGGCAGGGCUUGAGACCUCAAGGCCCACGACAAAACUAUUACAACAACAUGAGAUAUGAUAAUGGGAACAGGAACCGUAACGCUUCAUGGUAUCAUCCCAACUCUCGAAACCAGAGCUAUCCAUCACAAGGCCCGCGCCAGCACAGUGGUAGAACAUCUGCUCACCCCUCUGGAAUGAAUGGACCCACUGCCACUUCAGAGCCUGCCCAAACAGAAGUCACAGAAUCUGAUAACAAGGCACUACCGCAACGCAAACCGAGGGUGAAUUUAGCAAGUGCAUCCUGAAACAGCACGAGCACCAAUCCUCUAGCCCGCACUUUCGAUAUACAGUUCCAUAAAGUGACUUUAGAGAACUGUUAUUAACAGAGAAACGUUUACAGCCAGCUGUUCCAUGCCACUGUUUUCUUUUCUUUGUCUUCUCUAUAUACCUUGCAUUACCUUGUCUGUUUCUCAUAUAUUUCAGAACCUGUUCUUUUCGCUGCUUUAGUUUUCACUUCAUUGCUUCCAAUAUAACAGUAAGCUCUUUGACAAAUUUCUGCAUUAUUUCUGCAUUGCCAUAUUUCUAAGAUUUCCUCCCCCACCUGGGAUGAAUUGAAUAUGCUAGCUGAGGCAAUAUACCAUAAGUGCAGAUGGAGCAGACAAUGUUUUUCAUCCCUUGCAAUGAAUGGAACCUCACAUGCUUCAGCUAGACUAUGCUCUCAAAUGCAUUUUGUUUCCAUUUGUAGUCCCCUCUAACAAAGUUCAUGGAUACCUGGCUGCUAAUGCUUCUUAAAUUAAUUUAGUUUAGUAAAACUUGAAGAUUCAACAGAUAGUAUUUUGCAGUUAUUUGGGAUUUAUUCUUUUUGCUGUUAAUAAUCCCAAUUACUUUUGACUCAUAUUAUUUUAUAUAUAUAUAUAUAUAUAUAUAUACACACACAUAGAUAUAUAUAAUAAAAUAAUAUGUGCCUCACCCUUCACUUUCCUCACUCUUCAAAGUGCCUUGUUUUUGUACUGGUGUCUGCAAGGUUUUCUUAUUCCCUUUCUCUUUUACAUUCCUCUAAACACCUUUCAUCAGUUUCCUCCUUUGUUGGUGGGGGACACAGUGUAAUAGAGACGGAUGUGCUUUCUAUUCUCAAUACCGUCAAUCCGAAUAAUGGAGGGAAAGAACUCUGCACCAGUAGUGGUGAAACCAACAGCAGCCACUUCACAAAUUACCUUUUGGAUGUUUGUAGACAUUGGUUUAGCUUGUUAAUUUAGAAGGCUGACCGUGUCCAAUACAGGGUCACAUCACAACAUGUUGUUUUGUUCUGACUGGAAGUGUAUACAUUUCACUUUGCAACUUCUUACUGCUCAGGAACAGAAGCAUUGUAAUAUACAUUUGGAGCCAAACUAGUCUGUCUUCUUCCUUCUGCCAAGCAAAUGUGCAUGUGGACCAAAGAGUGACAUUGCGCUUUCCGUAGUUGACUGUAAAUGGCAGUUGGGGCUGCCCAUUUCUCUAGGAUCCUUUAAACAUCCUUCAGACGGUUCCCUGUUCCUGAUUGCUUUUGUCCAAAGAUGCAACUUUCACCAAUGUUCAUGUUUCAGUUUUCUAUUUACAACAUUACAAUAUGUACAUUUCUGUUUUCAUUUUCACAUUGCCGCCAUACGUUUGGAGUAUAUGCUCCAAGAGCUUUUGGCGUUGUACUAUCCAAUUCAAAGCAAUAAUCAGUGCAACAAAAUGGGUUGCCUGGGCAUAGGAAGGUAGCCUCAGGGUGGUAACAUUACACAGCAAUGGUGGCUCUAGUUACAGAUAUAGAUGAAGCAUUUUCAUAAUGUCUUCUCCAUUCAUAUACCAUAGCAAAACAUUUUUUUUAUAUAUUAGUAAGAAAAUGACACAGUCUAGAAAGGUUUAUAAUCCAUUAUACACAGUUGCCAUAGAGCUGAAUUUGUUUUUGGUGCGUCGUAGUACUAUUGCUCUGUCAGGAAUCAAAUACCAUGAAUGUGGCUCCUGUCCCUUUAAGUAUAUUAUGAAGUUAUUCCUGUAGUGCUGUAAUCCAAUAUUAAAGGGACAUUCUGGUUUUGGGAA